AUGUCGUACAACAACAUCGGACUCUCGACCGCGAGGGGGAGUGGCACGAAUGGCUUCAUCCAGCGCAACUCGGCGUCGCUGGCUGUGCGCUCUGGACCCCCCGGCGGAUUCGGAGGCCAGCAGAGCUACGAGGAUUACCUCAACGAGAUUGCCAAGCCACCCAUCCACCGGAAUCCUGACGCGGGCAUUCUCGAGCACGAGCGCAAGCGCCAGGUCGAGAUCAAGUGUCUGGAGCUCCGGGAUCAGCUUGAGGAUGAGGGGUGA